CUCAAGGAAAGAAUAAAGAACCCCUCCAUCGCUAAUUGUAGUGAUUAACAGUGGCUCAUUUCAGAUGCUUCAAGCAAGGCAUUAAGCAUGCCAGCCACCUUAUGGACAAUCACACUUCCAUCUCUGUUAUUCUUUGUGGUCAGACCCACUGUUUCGGUAAAAGAAGAUGGCAUUUUUCAUGUCUGUUCCUGUAUGAGGAAGAACUGGAAGGACUUAUCAAACCACAACUUGAACAGGAUACCAUCAGACUUAUCACAUGACACUGAAUGCUUAGACAUGUCGCAUAACAAAAUUUCAAGUAUUGUCCAUGGUGACCUUUACAGGAUGACUCACCUCUGUUUCCUGACGAUCACCCACUGCGGCCUUCAGUUUAUAUCCCCUGAUGCCUUUUAUAAUAACUCAGAACUUAGGGUUCUGAACGUCUCCUACAACCAGCUGACUGUUAUUCCAUAUUUACCUUUGCUACAGCUUAGGAUCCUAGAUCUUUCCAGUAACAACUAUGACAGCUAUGGCCUUCCAGGCUUUUUUAACAACUUAACACAUCUAAGUGACUUUGCAAUAGGGAGUCCUAGAGCAACUUCAGUGUCCAUUAAUGAUCUGGCACCUCUUCAGAAUGCACCAUUAAAGCGAUUAAGUUUUGGAGAUGCUUCUAAGUUGCAAAAGUACGAAACUGGAUCUUUUGCUCAGCUCAGAUCUUUAGAGAAAGUGGCUCUGAGAGUAACAUUCUGUCAAAGUUUUCAUAUUUUCAAAAAAAUGCUCAUGGACCUCGACCAUACACGUACAAAGAAAGUCAAGCUGGUGAAGCUCUUUCCGCAACAAUGUACUGUCACAGGUGAUCCUUUUGACAGCCUUCCUAAGCUCCGCUUCAUCAGCGACUUAACCGUUGAGGACACUUGGAUGAACAGCUCUGUUAUGGUCAAAUUAAUACUUAACAUUUGGAAAUCACCUAUUGAAAAAAUUGCAUUUCGAAGUAUAACUUACAACGAGGACACUCCCUACGGAUUUCAGUUCCCUAAACAGAACUGCACAACCAGAUUACGAGCAAUUGUUUUUGAUGGUGUGAAACAUUAUCAAUACCAGUAUCCUAAGAUCAACAUGAGCACAGAGUUAGUAUCUCAGCUGACAUAUCUGAAGUUCUCUGGAACUGGAAUGAACAUCCUUCCAUGCAGACUCAUUUCAGUUAUACCGUCACUGCAGAUCUUGGACCUGUCGGACAAUCUUCUGGAUGAUACCGGGUUCUGGUGGUUCUCCUGCUCAUACGAAGGCGUGUUUCCUGCUUUGAAGCAUCUUUCACUCAGCCAUAACCGCUUCUAUGACCUGGCAUUUAUUUCUAAGAAGACUCACGAAAUGAAGGUCCUAACAUCCCUGGACUUAAGUUUCAAUUCAAUUGUCAUAAAGAAACCAUGCUCCUGGCCUUCUCACCUGACCGAUCUGAGCCUUAGCCAUAACAACUUAGGCAACACUGUCUUUAAGUACCUGUCACCUUACUUCCAAAAGAUCGAUCUCUCCAAAACAGGCAUAAGUGUCAUCUCCAAAGAUGUCAUCUCACGGUUUCCCAGACUUACACAUCUCUUCUUGAGCUUUAACAGCAUACAGUCUAUCCCUUCCUAUCUCCAUGCACCUGCACUGCUAACCUUGUAUGUCGAUCAGAAUGCGAUCACCUCCAUUGACCACAAUGUGCUAGAAGGCCUCCCCAGUCUGAAGACUCUAAAAGCAGGUAAUAAUCCAUUUGUAUGCGAUUGUGACUCUUUUUGGUUUGUGACAGCAUUAAAUAAGACACUUCUCCUCGACUGGCCAUUUGAUUACACUUGCAGCGCUCCAGAAUCACAAGCAGGAAUGACCCUGCAGAAGUACCAGCAGAGUCAGCAAGGGACACUGUUCUGCCAAGCCGGACUCCAGGCAGUGGCGGCUUUGUCAGUAAUUAUUGUCACAGUAACUGUCUUGGGCAUCACUUUCUAUACCUGUGAUGGCGUCUGGUACACCAAAAUGCUCUGGGUAUGGAUCAGGGUGAAAAGGCGGAAGAGCAAACAUGCUGACAGAUUGAUGAAUGCCACUUUCCAUUACCACGCAUUCAUCUCCUACAGCCAGCAUGACUCAGCCUGGGUGGAUUCUCAGCUAGUUCCAGCUUUAGAGGGCUCCGGGCUGUCCAUCUGCAUUCAUGAGCGAGACUUUGAACCUGGCCAGUGGAUUGUGGACAACAUCAUUAACUGCGUGGAAAGCAGCUACAAAACCCUAUUUGUCCUAUCAAAGAACUUUGUUCAGAGCGAAUGGUGCAACUAUGAGCUCUUCUUUGCUCAGCACAGAGCUAUCAGUGUGGAAGAUGACUCUUUGGUCUUCAUUCUGUUGGAGCCCAUCCCGGCAGACUCGCUGCCCAAGAAGUUCCUGAAGCUCAGAACCUUGCUAAGGAAGCAAACCUACCUGGAGUGGCCGAAAGACGAUCAGAAGAAGAAGUUUUUUUGGUCUAGUCUCAGGUCCAUCCUACAGACUGCAGACAAAAGCAUUAUUCUGAAGGAGAUUGCUUUAGACAUGGCUGAAAAUUGUUCUUUACUGGGUGCUCAGGGGUGAGAUUCCCUAUUCACUGGCAGUGGAACUUAUGAGGAACUUAUCAGCUUAGAAUUAGGCAGGGUGUUAUUGUUGCAGUGCCUUCAACUUAACUUCAGAGUGAGUGGGUGGAGAUAAACUGCUGUAGGCUAAACAGGCAGAUGAAUGUAUAUAUGUUGGGUUUGGUGACAUGAUAGAAACUACUAAUUUGCAGCUUAGCUUCCAUGUAUGGACUGAGGAGUGAACAGU